AUGUCCGUCUCGCUGUCUUCGGAGUUGUCGUCUCCGCCCUCCUUGACACAAGAAUCUACCCUCUAUUCGGAAUACAGUCCAGACGAGGAGCCACAGACCCAGAGUCGAGCUCAGGCCGAGCCCAAGACAAAACCUGCAUCCACAAAGUCAUCGUUUCUCAAGUACCCGGCCGACAUCCAGCGUCUUACACGCCGCGGUCUUUGCACCUAUGGCAUCAACACGGGCCCAGUGCCAGAUGACACGGACUGGGCCAAGCUUACUGUUCCUAUGCUUAAGGAGCAGCUCGCCAUGCGUGAGAUGCCGGACGAUGGGAAGAAGAGUAUUCUCGUCGAGAGGCUCGAGAACUUGAGCACGUACAAGCCUGAGGUCGUUGCCAUCAGAGACGCUCCUGACGACAAGCCAUUCGGCCCUAUCUCCAAGAACACUAGCAGCAACGGCGAGAAGCGCUUCUUUGUUGACACAGCUGACAAGAGCCACGUUGGUUCUGUCAAGAAAGCGAUGAAGGAAGACAUGUUUGUAAUCAAGCAGUCCAACGAUUCCGAUGGUGGAGUCAGCAUCGGCAUCCGUGGGACUGGACCCGAUACUUACGAGGUCAUUAUCGGAACAAAGACAUCAUGCACCUGCUCGAGCAUAACCUCGCAGCAAUUGCAAACAUAUAAUCUGUCAGGGAAAUGCUACCUUUCUCUCUCUCAUCCCAUUACUGACGAAAUCGCAGACGUCCUGACGCAUGUCUUCCGGGCACCUGCAGAGCUACUCCCACAGAGAACGCUCUUUUCCGAAGAGAUCGAGAGGCUCAUUGAGCGUGCCCCUAAAGUCCGCUUCACAGCAGCGGAGGCCAGCCAAGACCCCUCCAUGUCGGACGGUAUUGCGAAGUCCAAGGACGGCAAGUCAUGCCCUGUCUGCUUCAAAGACAUUGGCGAGGCAGGAACGGUGUGCUGCAUUAAGUGCGGCAACCACACACACUCAUCUUGCUUCGACGUGUAUACGCAUCAGCAGACCGGAUGGGCCCUCACGUGCGCUGUCUGUCAGACUGUCUGGUCGAACUCGGUUGUCUAA